CUUGCUUACAAUUAGGAUCCGGUCGGCAGUAAAUCUUCAAUAAAUAUUUCUCUCCCACACUGAUUACUUGCGAGUCGAGAAUGUCCAAGUUGGGUGCUAUCUUGGUGAUGGGCCUGUCCCUCCUGGUGGCCCUCGCCCUGGCCGAGCCACGCCUCCAGCAGGGGCGCGGGGGUCAGCAGGUGCAGCAGGUGCAGGGUCAGAGGUCGCAGCACCCCUACCUUUUCCUGACCAUUCCCAAGGGUCGCGCCAAUGCCGGCGCCGUUGUCCAGGGCUUCGAGAUUGUCGAGGAGGAGGACGAGGACGAUCAGGACCUCCAGGACGAUGAUCACCACAAUGACGACGACGAGGACGAGGAGGAGGAGCUGGAGCACCAGCUGGGUCUGAACUUUGCCCGCAGCGGCCUGGUCUACAGGAGGAACCAGCCCAUUGCCGACGAGGAGCAGGACGACGACCAGGAUGAGGGACAUGAUCAGGCUGAUCUGCCCAAGAAGCAGAUGAUGGUGCAGCGGGAUCAGGCUGGGGCCAUCAUGGUUCCCGACGGCAUCAUCGAGAUCGAGGGCCAGAGCGUCCUGGACGAGAAGACCGGCAAGGCGGCGCUCCUGGUGCCGCGUGCCGCUUUGGAUGCCAUUCCCGAUGGCGCCGUCGUCGCCCUGAUGGAGCGCUCCGCCUCCCCCUCCGCCAACGAUGAAGUCGAGGAGGAGCGCGCCAAUCGCGUCAUCGUCCGCCGGCGCAAGAACAACGGUCGCCGCAACAUCCGUCGGCGGGGCAUCAGCAACAACAACCGACGUCGCCGUCGUCCCGCCCAGAGGCGCCGUCGCACCGGAGGCAACCGCCGACGCAACGUCCGCGUCAUCCGCCCCCAGGGAGGCGGCGGCGGCAACCGGAGGCGUGGCAACCAGCGGCGCCGCGGCCAGGUCGUCCUCCAGGGCUAAACGAGCAGCGCAGGAAAAGGGGGGAGGCGGACGCCACCUCCCUCUAUAUAGUAUUAUAGUUAAGAUCCACUCCCGAUCGAAGGACACGAACCUUGAGACACUUGACCACGAUGCGACAAAUAAAAUGUGAUAUGAAAAUUA